GAGGCUGGACGAAACCAUUCAUCCGGCCAAUACUCCCACUGAAAUCUGUGAAGAUUAAUGAGCAUUCCUGAGCAUCUAGAUUCGGAUUUCAAAGCGGAUUAUGGGCGUGUAUGUGAAUUAGGUGGUACGAUUACAAAUCUGGGUAAUUUAGGAUCAGAUUAGCCUCUAAAUCACGCGGUCAUCGGCGCUGAAUCCCCCCACAUCCACAUCCCUGCGCGUAAACAGCCAAACAGGCGGUCGGGAUGCAGGGAUGAUUUUUGAUGACGCUGCGAUGGGCACCUGCGAAGAUACCGAAAUUCAAACAAUAAUGAGGAUCCGAUUUGAUUUCAGGUUGGUGUAGUAGUCGUCUUCUUUUUUUUCUUUUUUUUUUUUUUUUUGACGUCAUUUGACCAUGAUUUUCCUGCGGAGGCUCGCGCAGCUGACGGUGCUGCUGAUCCAGAGCGGAUGGUGGGGGGUCGCGCCAAGCCCCACCGAUGAGGGAGCACUCAGGGCCGGGCACGGGGAGCACGGAGAGCCGGGACAUCAGGAGCCUCACAAGGACUCCUACAGCACCUUCGCCUCCGAGUUCCUGGAGUCCAGAUAUCUGUCUGAUGACGGUUACCCAUUCCCCACCGCCCCACCAGUGGAUCCCUUUGCCAAGAUCAAAGUCAGCGACUGUGGAGUAACCAAAGGCUGCAUAAGAUAUGGGAAGCCAGGGUGUGAUGCAGAGACGUGUGACUACUUUCUGAGUUAUCGGCGCAUCGGGACAGAUGUGGAGUACGAGAUGAGUGCAGACACAGAUGGCUGGGUGGCUGUAGGUUUCUCCUCUGACAAGAAAAUGGGAGGAGACGAUGUCAUGGGCUGUGUCCAUGACGAUAACGGCCGUGUACGGAUUCAUCACUUCUACAAUGUCGGCCAGUGGGCAAAGGAAAUAAAGAGGAACCCUGCGAGAGAUGAGGAGGGCAUUUUUGAGAACAACCGGGUGACCUGCCGCUUCAAACGGCCGUUAUACGUCCCCAGAGAGGAAACUCUUGUGGACUUACACCUGUCGUGGUAUUACCUGUUUGCAUGGGGACCUGCCAUACAAGGUUCCAUCACGAGGCAUGAUAUUGACAGUCCUCCUGUCAGCGACCACAUGAUCAGCAUCUAUAAGUACGAGGACAUCUUCAUGCCUUCUACAGCCUACCAGACCUUCAACUCUCCCCUCUGCUUACUGCUCAUAGUCGCCCUCACCUUCUACUUACUAAUGGGAACGCCAUAAUGAAGCACAGCGGAGCACGUAGAGGGGAAAAUGCGGGAAGAAAGUAGCAAUAAAAAAUAAAGUUGUCUGAGCCGCACUCAAGUGUGCACUUUGCACAAGGAAACACUGUAUUAGAUAUAUUAAACACAAUAGAGUAUAUAUUCAUCGCUCUGAACUCAUACAGAGGAUUCUGGCAAAUUAUUAAACCUGUAUUAUAGAGGUGACGUGUACUGGUGUCAGUACAUAACAAGAGGUCUGAUAAGGGUAAUGUUUUAGCAUAAAUAAGCCAAUUAUUUUCAGUAUUUAUGAUCGCUUCCAAAUACUUCAAAAAUAUGUGGACUGCACAUAACGACAAAUAUAUCUGAAAAGUCUUCAAAAUACUGCAUGCUAUGGAGAACCUGGAAAUUAUUUAAAACCCGCUGUUCACUGCUGAUGAUGAGGGACUGUCACAUAAUAUGGUUUUCAGGGCUUUAGGUUACUGCCUACAGUGUGCGUUCACCAUGCAAAAGAUUUUCAUAGACUUUCUCCUUAUGUUUGGCACUCAUAAUAACGUGGCUCGGCUCACUUCUCCCUACUUUCCUUUCACGACUUUUCCCCCUUUCCUCAACCACAGUAGCUGUUGGGUUUAUCAGUACUGUGGCACUGUGACUGAACAGACAGAGAGAGAGAGAGACUGCUACAUGAGUUAAUGUUGUAAGCAAUAACACACUGAAGAGGAGCAAACUGUGGACUGGACAACAGUUUGCUUGGACAUGGACUUUUAUUUCCCCAGGCUGUUAUUGUAGCCUUUUGAUCUGUAUAUGGUUGUGUUUAUAAUCAAUAAACCUGUGAAGAUAUGACAGAAUACACAAGAUAGUGCAGAUUAUGCUGUGGUUGAAGUGACAGCUCCGUCAGUCAAACAGAAUAAGGCCGUAGGAGAUGAUUUUUAGGACCAUAGCUCCCGCUGAGGACACUGAUCUCAUGUCCUCUGUAUGUUGAGAGUGCAUGAAUGUUAGCAGCCUGCUAACUUUAGAUUUUGUUGGAAAUCAGGUCUGGUAAGUCUUCCAGGGUAACAAUCAAUGUCAACCCCAACUUACAUUUGAAAAACUGUGAACAUAAAUAAAUAAAUAAAUGUAUGAGAAUGUUAAAAAACUAAAUUUAAAUUUUGGUCUCACCUCCAACAGUGGCCUUUUUUAGGUGUAGUUUGGGGUUCAGUGUGUAGGCUAUAGAGGGAUGUAAUGGCAGAAAUGGAAUAUAAUACAAUGACUAUGUUUUCUUUAGUGUGUAACAACCUGAAAAAAAGAAUCGUUGUGUUUUUGUUACAUUAGAAUGACUCAUUUCCAUCUACAUAGGGAGCGGGUCUUUGACUACAGAGAUCGCCAUGUUGUACUGCCAUGUUUCUACAGUAGCCCAGAACAGACAAACCAAACACUGGCUCUAGAUAGGGCCAUUUGUGUUUUCAAGUUGGCCAGGCUAACAGCUCCUCCGUUUUCCUUUCAGCUGGUUUCAAUCUGCAGUCAUCACCACUAAGAAAAGAAACCCCUCACA